AUGAGCACAUCUUAUGGCUUGCAUGGUGAACAUGUUAGGAUAUAUCGUGAUGAAGGUUGGUAUGAGGGAGGUUGGGUAUACAAUCAAAUGCAUGGAAUGGGUUUAUUAAAAUGGUCUGAUGGACAUGAAUAUUAUGGAAAUUGGAAAAAUGAUGAAAAAGCUGGAAAGGGUAAAUUUAAAUGGGCAAAUGGAGAUGAAUAUGAUGGAGAGUGGAAAAAAAAUGAAAUGCAUGGAAAGGGUUAAUAUAAAUGGGCUGAUGGACAUAAAUACGAUGGAGAUUGGGUAUGUCAUCAAAUGCAUGGAAAGGGUUAAUAUAUAGACUCUAAUGGAAAUGAAUAUUAAGGGGAUUUCUAAAAUAAUAAUAAACAUGGGAAGGGUAAAAUGAUAUAUACUGAUGGAUCUGAUUAUUAUGGGGAUUGGAUAGAUGAUUAAAGACAUGGAUUGGGGGAAUAUGAAUCAGCUAAUGGUAUAUAAUAUAGUGGUGAAUGGUUAUUUGACGAAUAAAAUUGUUGCUUAUGCAUUUCUAUAAUCUAAAUAUUUUUAAUUAAAACUUCAUUUUGUAUUAAUUUUUUUUUUAUUUUAUCGUGGAAAUUUGAUCAUUUAAGUACGUAGAAACUCUUCAAAUUAGAUUCAAUCUUAAGAUGUUCAAUAUUAAAUAAUGUAAAGAUUUGGUAUAUCAGAAUUGAUUGA